ACCAACUGUAAUGACGCCACUGCUCAAAAGUACCUCAAGGCUACGCGUUACAAUGUCGAGUCAGCGCUAGAUACGUACUUGCGCAAACACACAGGAAUCAAUCAACCAUCCAAGACUGAAACAAAGCAACUCAAUGAUAUCUUCAACACAGCAGCAGCUGUAAAGACUCCCAAGGAUGACGACAUCAUGCAGAUUGACGGGACGAUGCAGUAUUUGACUGAUCUUGGGCUUGACUUGGAAAAGGCGCCCGUCCUUGCGAUCUGCAUGGUGCUGGGUGCACCGACACAAGGGCAAUUUAAACGGAAACCAUGGCUAGAUGGCUGGCGGCAUCUAGGCGUGACGAAGCUUCAAGGAAUGCAAGAGUAUACUGCUUCAUUGGAACAAAAGCUGAUGUAUGGCGAUGCACAGUACGAUGAAGCACUCUUCAAGCGCACUUACCUCUUUACUUAUGGGUUUGCACUGACACCACCGUCGCGCACGCUUGACCUAGAGACAGCCCUUGCCUUUUGGGAUGUGCUAUUCACAGGCACCGGUCAAACAUGGGCGCUCUACGCACCCUGGCGUUCCUUUUGCGAGUCCAAAACGCGUGGCGUGUCUCGUGAUGUGUGGAAUAUGAUUUACGACUUUAGUCGGUCAGUCAAGGCGGAUUUGAGCGAUUAUGAUGAGAUGGAGGCGUGGCCUGUCUUGAUUGAUGAGUUUGUAGCACACUGCAAGGGACAGAAGCAAUAG